AUGGUUGAAACGACUCAAAUGGAGGAGCUUUUGAAAAGGCCGCUCUAUGUGUAUGAUCUACCGCAAGAACUUCUUGCCAGUUUAACGGCCAAGACUACCAGCCAACCUGUCACCGAACAAGAACCCGAACCAACCCCGGCAGAGCUCGAAUUAGCAGCGCAGGAGUCUGCGAUCGCAACGUCCAACCUAUGCUCCCUCUGCAAAGUCUCUUACAACAAUGUGCAGGAGCAGCGCAGCCACGUCCGCUCAGACCACCACCGGUACAACAUCAAAGCCCAGUUGCGCGGAAAUGCGCCGUUAGAGGAAAUUGAAUUUGCCAAAGCCAUCGGAGAACUAGAUGAAUCUAUAUCUGGGUCCGAGUCAUCAGAGACAGAGGAGGAGGAUGCGAACGAGGGCCCAGGCACAACACUGUCAGCCCUGCUGAAAAAGCAGGCCAAGCUGUCCCACCCGAAUGAGGAUUUGGAUACAGAAGGAGUACCAAGUACUCCGAAACAUCCCCUCUUUUGGCUAUCUAGCUCGGGUCUCCCGUCAAACAAGUCUCUGGGGAUCUACAGAGCCAUUUUUUCAAAUGCCGAGCAAGACGAGCCCGCUCACUUGGUUGAUACCCUGCGACGAAAGCAGCUUGCGCCGAUUAAGGCGCGCACCAACAACGCGAGCAAGGCGCAAGAUCCCGCCGCUUCAGGCCCUCAUAUCUUUAUGUGCAUGAUCGGCGGUGGCCAUUUCGCGGCUAUGUUGGUCUCGCUGGCACCAGAGAUUCACCGAAAGCAAGGCGGAGUAGAAGAUAGACAGGCUCGGGUUAUUGCACACAAAACCUUCCACCGAUACACGACGCGGCGAAAGCAGGGUGGCUCGCAGUCUGCCAGUGAUGCAUCCCGUGGAGCUGCCCAUUCGGCAGGUUCGAGUCUGCGCCGGUACAACGAGGCGGCACUUGAAAAGGAUAUUAGGGAGGUGCUUUCGGAUUGGCGCCAGAUGAUUGACACCGCCGAGCUGUUGUUUGUCCGAGCUACGGGAAAGCAGAAUCGAAAGACUCUUUUCGGUCAAUAUGAUGGACAGGUUCUCAGGCAGAACGACCCCAGACUGCGCGGGUUCCCUUUCAACACUCGUCGCGCGACUCAAGGCGAGCUCAUGCGUUCUUUCAAGGAGUUGACCCGAGUGAAGGUCAGCGAAGUGGACCAAGCCGCACUGGCUGCGGCCGAAGCCAAGCGGCGCGAGGAAGAAUUAAAACCAUCUACACCUACCCCGAAACCGCAACCCCAAAAGCCAAAACUAUCGAAAGAAGAAGAAGCUGCGUUGCUGCAUACUUCCCAACUGCAAGCACUUAUCCGUCGCUCAAAGAUUCCUGCUUUAAUGUCUUAUAUCUCAAACAACUCCAUACCUCCAUCGUUCACUUUCACGCCCGCCGAUCUGCCACAAAACUUCCGCUGUCCCACGCCCCUUCACCUCGCCGCAAACCUUGACGCACCAGCCGUGGUCACGGCCCUCCUUACAAAAGCCGGGUCUGAUCCAACGGUGGUCAACAACGAGGGCCGGACUCCAUUCGAACUCACCGGUGACCGGGCUACCCGCGACGCCUUCCGCAUUGCCCGCCACGAUCUCGGCGAGUCAAAAUGGGACUGGGAAGCAGCCAAGGUUCCAUCAGCGGUGUCCAAAGCUGACGCACAAAUUCGGGCCGAGAAGGAACGCAAAACUGCCGAGGAGGAAGAAUCAACCCGGCGUAAAGCUAGUUUGGAUCGCUUGAAACGGGAGGAGGCUGAGAAGGCAGCGAAGCCCAGAACUACCAAGUCAGGUGGUCGUACUGUUGGUGCUGUUGAGAAGACUGUUGCCGAAAAGAGAGACGAGGAGACGCGAGGCAUGACGCCGGAGAUGAGAAUGCGGUUGGAGAGAGAGCGCAGAGCAAGAGCUGCGGAAGAGCGCUUCCGGAGAAUGCAAGGUCAAUGA